GGAAACUGUGCAAUCAGAGCCCCCGGCAGUAGUAAUGCUCGAGGUCCUGCCCAAUCAGGUCAGCGGGACGCGGAGCAGCUUCUACUCAGGAGCCCGGUGGAUGUUGAGUGCCAAGAAGACCAUCCAAUCAGAGCUGGGGCCGGGAGCGCUUUCAGUCCAGGUGCAGGUCGUUUUCGGCCGGUCGUGGCGCUCUUGCGCACCUGCCCCGCGGGGCCUCAGGUGUUUGUUCCCCAUCGCUCUCACCUGCCCGGGCCCUAGGGAGGACGCCCGGGAGAUCCUGGAGCAAGGCGGAGAUGGAUUCAGUGGUUUUUGAGGAUGUGGCCGUGGACUUCACCCUGGAGGAAUGGGCUUUGCUGGAUUCUGCUCAGAGGGAGCUCUACAGAGAAGUGAUGCUAGAAAACUUCAGAAACCUGGCCUCAGUGGAUGAUGAAAUUCAAUUUAAGGCCAUUGGGUCAGUUUCUCAGCAGGAUGUUUAUGGGAAUAAAAUAUCCAGGAAACAUAACAUACCAAAGUUCAUUGGAAAUGAUUCCUGGGCCUCUGUCCUAGGAAAAAUUUGGGAAGAGCUCAGCCUUGAAGAUCACACAAACCAGAGGAGACAUCCAAGAAAUCAUGUGGUGGAGAGACUCUGUGAGAGUAAUGGUCAAUGUGGGGAAAGCUUCAGUCCAAUUCCAGAUCUUAAUCUGUACCAGAAAAUUCUUAAUGGAGUAAAAUGGUGUGAAGCUCAUGCAGAUGGAAAAGCCUUCAGGCACCAUUUACCCCUCAAGAGUCACCACACUGCUCACACUAGACACAAACCAUAUCAAUGUCAGGAAUGUGGGCAGGUCUACAAUUGUUGUUCACACCUAAGGAAGCAUGUGAGAAGCCACAGUGGAGAGAGAACCUACACCUGUAAAUUAUGUGGAAAAACCUUUCCUCGUACUUAUUCCCUCAACCGGCAUAUAAGGAUUCAUACUGCCAAGAAAACCUAUGAAUGUCAGCAAUGUGGGAAAGCCUUCAUUGAUUUUUCAAGUCUUACUAGUCAUGAGAGAACUCACACUGGAGAGAAGCCAUAUAAAUGUAAGGAUUGUGGAAAAGCUUUUAGUUAUUCCUCAACUUUUCGAAGACAUAUGAUAACACACACUGGAGAGAAGCCCUAUAAGUGUACGGAAUGUGGGGAAGCCUUUAGCUAUUCCUCAACUUUUCGGAGACACAUGAUAGCCCACACUGGGGAGACACCACAUAAAUGUAAGGAAUGUGGGGAAGCUUUCAGUUAUUCAUCAGCUUUUCGAAGGCACAUGAUAACACACACUGGAGAGAAACCCUAUGAAUGUAAACAGUGUGGGAAAACCUUCAUUUAUCUCCAGUCCUUUCGAAGACAUGAAAGGAUUCACACUGGAGAGAAGCCCUAUGAAUGCAAGCAAUGUGGAAAAACCUUCAUUUAUCCCCAGUCAUUUCGAAGACACGAAAGGACGCAUGGUGGAGAAAAACCCUAUGAAUGUGACCAGUGUGGGAAGGCAUUCAGCCACCCCUCAUCCUUUCGGGGACACAUGAGAGUGCACACUGGAGAGAAACCUUAUCAGUGUGGUCAGUGUGGGAAAACUUUCAACUGGCCCAUAUCCUUACGAAAACAUAUGAGGACACAUGCUAAAGAGAAACCCUAUGAAUGUAAACAGUGUGGAAAAGCCUUCAAUUUGUCUGCCUGCUUUCGAGAACAUGUGAGAAUGCAGCCGGGAGACAAAUCAUAUGAGUGCAAGUUAUGUGGGAAAGCUUUCUAUUGCCACAUCUCCUUACAAAAGCACAUGAGAAGGCACACUGCAGAGAAACUUUAUGAGUGCAAGCAGUGUGGGAAAGCCUUCAGUUGGCCUGAACUUUUGCAACAGCAUGUGAGAACACACACUGCCGAGAAACCUUAUGAAUGUAAGGAAUGUGGUAAAGUCUUCAAAUGGCCAUCAUCUUUACCAAUACAUAUGAGAAUGCACACAGGAGAGAAACCAUAUGAAUGUAAGCAGUGUGGGAAGGCCUUCAGUUGUUCCUCCUCCUUAAGAAGGCAUGUGAGAAUACAUGCUACAGGAAACCACUACGUAUGUAAUGUGGGAAAUCCUCCUGCAAAUGAACUCAUGCACAGUGCUUCAGAAAAUUCACAUCAGGAGAGAGGUCUUAUAAAAAUUGUAAAUCUGCCAUUGCCCUUAGGAGUAUCUCGUCGUUAAAAUGUACACAUAGGGAGUGUAUUUCCAGUUCUUUUGCAAAUAAACUUUUAAUUUUA